AUGUUAAACUGGUCGAAUGAGGAAAUUCUGAUCACGAUCUACUUCGUGGCCCGAUGCAUCCGUCCCAAGUCGGUCCAGGGCCUGCUUCUGCGUCGAGGAUACGAUCGUUCUCUCGCCGCCAUCGAACGAACAAUCAUAUGUACAACCAAGCAAUACCCAUAUUUGAAAUUCGCCAAUGGUCAAUGGGAUCUAAGCGCCAUUGACCGAUGGAUGAAAGACUUUGUUCGAAGUCAAGAGUCAGUCAACAAGUUAACGCGUUUCUCACUCGAGGAUGCAGAAGAUAUGGUCCUUAAAAUAUCUGUCGAUGAUCUAUUAGAAACGAUGGACAACCUCGGCCUAGACUUCACAGACCCGGCGUUCAACGCCCGCACAUAA